CCUUCGAUAUUGUUAACCUUAGCCUCUUUUUAUAAUAAUAAUGUAUGUCAUGAAACUGAACUGUGACACAUUGCGACAUUGUCAGAAAACAUAUCGGCCUAGAUAUGUCAACAAUCAAAACAUUUUAAAAAUGGGAACAAAACUCCGAAAAUAAUCAGUCCUCAAACACACCCCUUACGAUGAGCAAACCGGUGCACUAGAUAUCAAGAUGCAAUACUAUUCACCGUAUAACGUUUGUCCGAAUAACGAGGCCACCUUCCCUUACAUACCAACGCCACCUGUUUUCCCUCGCUCGCAAAUAGUAGGCGAGGGGGACGUUACUUCGGUGACGUUGCCCGAUGGGAACCUACAGCUGUAUUUCAUUCCCGUCUCACGGAACACCUGCUUCUCUAACCAGUGGGGCGUAGUUCCAGCUUGGUUCAUACGCACUAUUCCUAAUCUUUUUCCAGCGCCUCAGCCGUUUUCUCCGAAUUACCGGGACAUUACACCAGCAAGCAACAGCUUCUUCCAGAAUAAUGCGCUAAACGAAGAUUUAUCAAAAUAUCAGCUGCACUUCCACAAUGAUAAACCGACAUCGUCAACAGACUUGCUCUACUUCAGCCAACCGCCACAUCCCUUGCGGUACCCACGGCAAUCUGCCGAGACCCAGGCAGACUCCGCCAGGUCUUGCGACACCUGCUGCCGAGCGUGCACCUGCAGGCCCGUCAAUACUGAACCUGUACAGACUCCUAACAACGAAAUGUCCAUAGACCCCAAGGACACCAUAGAAGUCACAUGCUCGUGUCAUAGAAAAGGAAAAGUUCGGUUCAGCUCCGACGGUGUAACACAGGAUAAGUUCUGUGAAAAUUGUAUAAAUACGCGCUGUACAUCUGAUAAGGCAAUUUGAGUCGACGCGACGCGAUUAUGAGUCAAAAUAAUCUGCCGAUGGGGCAAUCACGGUGAGGUACAGUCACCUGUAGAUAAAGUUGACCCCCCUGCAAUGUAAUGUCCAUACAGGGGGUCAGUUUACUGCUUACCGUACAGUACGUGAAAGAUAUCCGAUGAUAACACUUCAAAAGGCAGAUCAUUUUGGCGCAGGUACUACCAGCUGCAAAAGUGGAUGUAGAAAUUAUGAAUGAAUUCAUUGAUAAAUUCGCCAUGCGCUUUUGCAGUUGUUAGUACAUAGGUAUGGUAAUUAAUAGAUAGGACAUUAAAACGACAGAGGAUGUUGAGUGAAUUUAUAUUCUGUUAUUAUACAUAUACUUUAUCCCUUAACAUUACAUGUAUUUACAGUGAAAAUAAAAGUACAGUAAUAAAAA